UCAGCCUACAUCAUUGAAGGCAGGUCUAAAGACACAGCCCACCAUACUAAAUGAUUGUCCUACAGGAAGGGAGAGAGAGAGAGAGAAAACUAGGGCACUAUUAUCUGGCCUCUUUUUCCAAGCAGAAGCAGAGAUUUGUAGACAGCGACGCUGGAUUGAAGGGAUAGCGUGUUGCCGUGUGACUUUUACGUUUUUCUUAGCGCCUGAGAAGUAAACUAAACUAAAGAAUCAAUUCAAGGACAAAAGCACUUUCAAACUACGAUACAAACUCAAAGCUCACUUAUCUUUAACGGUCACCAUGCUGGAGGACAAGAAGACCAAGGUGAAGAUAACCUUCCUGGUUAUCCUUGUGGGCAUCUCGUCCAUGUUGGCAGCGGUGGUGACGGACCACUGGGCGGUUCUGAGUCCCAGGGUGGAGCAGCUCAACACCACCUGCGAAGCGGCCCACUUUGGACUCUGGAGAUUGUGUAAAAAGAGUAUCUUCAUUGUGGAGGAAGACCCUCAGGGCAAAGGCUGUGGCCCCAUCAGCCUGCCAGGAGUCAAGAACUGCUCGUACUUCAAACACUUCACAUCAGGGGAAGAGGCUGAAGUUUUUGAAGUAAAGACUCAGAAAGAGUACAACAUCUCAGCUGCUGCUAUCGCUAUCUUCAGUUUGGCCUUCAUGACCCUGGGCAGUCUCUGCCUCCUGGGGGCUUUUGGGAAGGGCAGAGACUACCUAUUGAGACCAGCUGGAAUGUUCUUUGCUUUUGCAGGCCUGUGUAUCGUCAUCUCCGUGGAGGUCAUGAGGCAGUCUGUCAAACGCAUGAUCGACAGCGACGAGACCAUAUGGAUCGAGUACUACUAUUCGUGGUCCUUCGCUUGCGCCUGCGCCGCCUUCACCCUCCUCUUCCUCAGUGGCCUCAGCCUCCUCAUCAUCUCAAUGCCACACAUGCCCAGAAACCCCUGGGAGACCUGCAUGGAUGCCGACCCCGAGUCCAUAGACUAGUAUAGCGUCCACCGCAGAGUAAGAGCGCAACGCAACUGACACAGGAGUCAUACUAGCAGUGUGAAUGACAACGAGAUGCACUGAUGCAUUGCAUUUAUAGAUGAUGAUAGUGAUGCAUUGAUGCAUUGCAUUUAUAGAUGAUGUUAGUGAUGCAUUGAUAUUUUUAACUAAGCAUUUACACAGACGUCUAAUUAUUUAAAGGGAUAGGUUAUCCAAAAAUUAUGUGGAACCACGCAAGUGUUUUUUAAAUUUGUAAAGAUUCGUCGAAAUUCCCCCUUUUGUGUUCCACAGAAGAAAGUUAUACAAGUUUGUAAAUACAUGAAAGCGAGUUUCCAUUUUUGGGUAAACUAUCCCAUUAAGAUCUACAUGAAAUAUCUAACAUGAAUUUUGUAUGUUUAUGGUAUUCAGUAAUCUGAAAACAUUCAUGCUUCUUAUAUGCAAUAGAUGACAGCUUAGAAUGUAUAUUUAAGGACUUUUAUAAGUUUCCAAUCUGUCAUUUCUGAAACGGUGACAUUAAAUGUGCUGAUGGAUGAAUGUAAAAGCAUAUUGGAUCAGCAAUGAUAUCCAGUGAUGUAUGAUCAGUUUCAGCAAAUACAGAUUGCACUUUAAAGUGAGGUAAUCUAAAUGCAUUACUAGUACAGGUUCAGGUAAUUUAAUCUGUGAUAUAUUCCUUUACUCGUAUCACACUUGAACUUCCUGCUCUCAGUGAUC